AUGGGAUCCGCCGCCGAGCAGCCGGGCAGGGCCACGGGCCUCGUGUCCAGCCUGCUGAACGACACCCUCGAGUUCUACCGCUGGAGCUGGAGCAUCCGAGACAAACGUGUUGAUGACUGGUUCUUGAUGCAAUCUCCAUUUCCAACACUGACUAUAAGCACUCUUUACCUCCUCACUGUCUGGCUGGGUCCCAAGUGGAUGAGGAGAAGAGAACCCUUCCAAUUGCGCUUCUUGCUGGUUAGCUACAACUUUGGAAUGGUUCUACUUAACUUCUAUAUUUUCAAAGAGCUAUUUUUGGCAUCCAGAGCUCGAGGAUACAGCUAUGUCUGCCAGACUGUGGAUUAUUCAGAUAAUAUUUAUGAAGUCAGGAUAGCUGGUGCUUUAUGGUGGUACUUUGUCUCAAAAGGAAUUGAGUACUUGGACACAAUAUUUUUCAUCCUGAGGAAGAAAUUUAACCAAAUCAGUUUCCUUCAUGUCUAUCACCAUUUCACUAUGUUCACCUUGUGGUGGAUUGGUAUCAAGUGGGUUCCAGGAGGACAAGCUUUUUUUGGAGCCCAAAUGAAUUCUUUUAUUCAUGUUGUUAUGUACAUGUACUAUGGAUUAGCUGCCUGUGGCCCUAAAUUUCAGAAAUAUCUGUGGUGGAAACGAUACUUGACCAUAUUACAAUUGAUUCAGUUCCACGUGACUCUUGGCCACACAGCCAUGUCUAUUUAUAUCGACUGUCCCUUCCCUAAAUGGAUGCACUGGGGUGUAAUGAUCUAUGCUGUCACCUUUAUUUUCUUGUUUGGUAACUUCUACUAUCGGACAUAUAAAAUGCCCAAGGAACCCAUUAAGAAUGGCAAAAUAGUGAAUGGUGCUGUUGCAAACGGUGUAAGCAAACUAGAAAACAAUCUAGUGGUGGAAAAUGGAAAAAAGCAGAAAAAGGAAAAAGCAAAAGGAGAGUAA